GCAGCUUCUGGGUUUUGCUUUCAAGCGCACUCCUGCUGAAUCGGUGUGAGUGAGUGUGUAUGUGUGUGUGUGUGGGGCGUUCACUCUCUCUCCUGCCACAGUAGCAACACAUUGCAGCAGCGUCGGCCCCGAACAAAAGGCUAAACGCAGCAGAGCCACAGGAGGAGAAACUCAGGGAUAGAAUCAGGCUGAGUGGCCCAGCGUGACUGCACUUCUCAGGGAGGAACUCAACCUGCCAUUUAGCCCUCCUGGUCCCGGCGUGGAUACACUAGACCAGCCCUGGCUGCCUGCGUGUCUCUCUGAGCUGAGGAAAACACCCUGUUACUGACUGAUUUCUCUUUCACUUUGUCUUUCAUUCAUCCACCUCAGUCUCUCUCAUUGUUACUGAGAUUCCUGCACCUGCCCUUCUACACCUGGGCGUCUUUCCUCUUCAUCCACCUGUCCUUCAAGAUGUCAGACGAUGACUGCCGCUCGCCCAUCGGCCUCGACUGUUGCAGUUGCUGCCUGGACCUGGCCAAUGGCUGUGAUGACUCCUUGUCCAGCAGUCCAGCUCAGGGCCUCAGUACGACCGGGGGCCUGCCAGCAAGCCCUACCAGCCCCAGUGUCAGUCACUUCCGCCAGCUCCGCAACCAGCUGGUGUACCAGAACCUGAACACGGACAAGCUGAACAACAUCAUGAGGCAGGACUCCCUGGAGUCGGUGGUGAGGGACCCAUGCUUCCUGCUCAAUGAAGGGAUCUGCAACAGCAACAUUGACCAGACCAUGUUAUCUAUCCUGCUCUUCUUUCACAGUGCCUCUGGUGCUAGCGUUGUGGCCAUCGACAACAAGAUUGAACAGGCGAUGGAUCUUGUCAAGAACCACCUCAUGUACGCCGUGCGCGAGGAGGUAGAGAUCCUAAAAGAGCAGAUCAAAGAGCUGGCGGAGAAGAACAACCAGCUCGAGAGGGAGAACUACCUGUUGAAGAACCUGGCCAGCCCAGAACAGCUGGAGAAGUUCCAGUCUCGCAUCCCAACAGAUGUGCUGUUGGACAAUCAGAGCAACCAGGUGACCCCCGACCAGCAGCAGCAGCAGCAGCAGCAGUCCUUCAUGCACAGCACUGGCUCUGCUGUGUAAGUGGCUCUGCCUUGGGGCGGGCAGAGCCACUGUCUCUUAACAGUAAUGGACCUCCAUUUUGAAUGAAGCGUUACAGAAAUCGCCGCCGCCGAGAACCCCUUCGACACAACGAAGGUGAAGCAUCGGGGCAGUAAAUGAUCGAUGGGACACAAAAGAACUGUUGACUGAUAAGCUCAAAACAGAACAUAAGACGCUCUGACCGGUGCGGUUUCAGGCCCGUCCACUGAUACCGUCCAACUCUUUGUCGUAGUCUCUGUGUAGACAAAAGCGCUGAGAAUAGAGCGAGAGCUGACUAGACACCAGCAAGCGCUUGCUUUCAGACAGGUGGGGUGGGGUGGGGGGGGCUUUCCCCGCCUAGCCGAACCCUUCCAACAAACACCCUCUGCUCUAGUUAGGGGUUGUGAGGAGGUGUUGAUCGGGCUGGCCCUGCUGGUGCUAACUUGGAGAAGUGUGAGAGGGGUCCUCACCCAGAGGAGACCCACCAGAGACAGUCCUCCAUGUCUCAACGAGAAGAGCCCCAUCAUGUGGAUUUGUUUAAUCUCCAAAUACAAGUUUUAAGGACUCCCAGCCGCACAUUUCAGCCACAUAACGAAGACUUUUCCUGUACCUACAAUGCAUUGCUCAUGUGUUAGUGUACAUUUAAGCAUAACAAGAAUAAUCAACAGGAUAAGCUUAGGCAACAGAGGUGGAGGUUAAUGCAGUAUAGCCUAUUAGAGCUGGUGAACCGCUGCAGUAGACUGAUCAGUAUACUGUAAUGAUUCAGAAAAUGUAGUCUUGUAUUGUCUGCAGUUGGGGCUUGCUGCUUACGGGGGAAGUUAAUCCUGCUAUCUCUUCUGUUUUUGUUUGUGAUUCUGAACAAAAAUCAGUUGUUUGUAAAAAAAAUAGGAGUAUUGUACAGAGGUCUUAAAAAGUUUUUUUUGUUUGUUUGUAAUCUAGGGGGACAGGCAUAUCUGCCCACCUUGUUUUCCUAGCUCUUCACAGUAAAGGAUAACUACAGUGUACAUACAAGUUGAAACGUCCUGAGGUGAGCGUAGUGGAGAUGGCAAGCAAGCAGACACGGGCAUUUUGUCGCUGCAGAUGCACUCCUGAUUUUUAGCAGCGUCGUCCAGUACCUGGUCCGUUUCUUGCUCAGAUGCCAACUUGAAAACGAUGGCAUGACAACAGUGCCUGUCCGUAGUAGUAAGAAGAACACAUUUCCACACCGAGCUCUGUUGUUGUUGUUUUUCUAGCUACCAAAGACUUUGCUUUUUUUUUUUUUUUUUUUUUUUUCUCUUUCAACAACAGGAACUGAGCAAACCAGGACCAUGUGUAAAACUUCACAGGGAGAAGUUAUGUUUGUAGCUAGUGCUAAAGUUUCUAUGUGUUUUUGUAAAGAUAACGGUAUUGUUGCUGUAAAGUAUCCUGGAAACAGUUGUUCACUAUGGUGUUUGGAUACGACUGCACAUUUGCAAUAAACCUUAUGUUUACAUAAUACAA